AUCGGUGACAAUAUGCUGUUAAUCUUUAUUCUUCAGAGAUAAAGCUUUAUAAAUAUUCAGGUUACUUCCUUGUUUUCAAACAUAUCAACAUGCUGCCACAAAAUCUGACCUGGAUCUCCUUGCUAAUUUUACUGUGCCAACAAGUUGUUGAAACAAAAAGAUAUUUCACUUGUGAAGGAGGCUCUGUUCAGCUCGACUGCUAUUGGGGAUACAUAAAGGUGGUUACAGCCAACUAUGGGCGAACUGACCACACGACAUGCUCCACUGGAAGAUCACUUGAUCAGCUCUCAAACGUUGACUGCUUCCAAGAGACAUCCGUCCGUAUGAUGUCCAUCCGAUGUGAUGGAAGAAAGAGCUGUUCUGUUCCUGCGGUGAACUCAGUUUUCUCUGACCCUUGUGUUGGGACUUACAAAUACCUGGAUGUGUCCUACUUGUGUCUCCCAUUAAGAAGAAGUGUCACUUGUGAAGGUAGCCAAAGUCUCAUUGACUGUGGUAAUGGUGUGAUUUGGAUUCAUUAUGCAAAUUACGGACGACGGGAUCUUGUAAUCUGCCCUCAUAAAUUAGCAACUGCAGACUGUUACUCUCCUCAGACCAGCAGCCUGCGUUCCAGUUGCAAUGGGAAGAAGUCUUGUCAAUUAAAUGCUUCAAAUUCUGUCUACCCUGAUCUGUGUCCGGAUGUCCAUAAGUACUUAGAAGUGACAUACAGCUGUAUAUAAUAUUAUGAUAAAGAGAGACUUUGAAACCACUGGAAGAUAUGGAUAUUCAAUAACUGAAGCUUUGAGAUGAUUGGAAGGAAGUUGUGUUUAAGUCACUUUUUUUGUGUUUGACUGUAAAGUUUAUGUUGCAUAGUAUUAUUUAUCA